GGUGAUCGCCGCUUUCAAAAGUAAAUCGAAAGACAAAAUUAAAGGGGAAGCGACACACCCAAUUUUUUGUCGGCUAUGUAAAGCCGUCGGAAGGCGAUUGAAGACAUCAGUUGUUCAACUCUCCAACAGUUCUCAACAUGAAACUAUUUGUCAUCGCCACUUUCUUUGCUGUUACUGCCGCUGCACCUUCUAGCUACAAGCUGGAAUACAAAGCCCCCAGCUACCCUGCUCCAAGCUACCCUGAACCCAAGUAUCCUACUCCUAGCUACCUCACACCAGCCUACCCAGCAUCAGCCUACCCUACUCCCAGCUACAACAAGGAUAACAAAUACGCCGACAUUACCAUCACCAGUCAAUCAGACGUGCGCAACCUUGAUGGAAGUAGCCAGUGGAGCUAUGCUCAGUCUGACUACACAACCCGUGAGGAGUCUCAGGUUCAGAAGAAGAUGCAAGGAGUCACCUACGACUCUUACGGUAAAGAAUCGUACGGUGAAGUCCUAGGCAACACCAACAAAGGAUCCUCUUACUGGGUCUCUCCUGAAGGCCAGAAAUUCACUUUGACCUGGACCGCUGAUGAAGCCGGUUUCCAGCCUAAAGGUGAUCACUUGCCCGUCACUCCCGUCCACGUCUACGAACUCCCAGUCGCCCCUGUGCACAUCCCUUUCAACGGCAAAGGCUAUAAGAUUUAUUAAAUUUUUUCAAUCCUGGCUAAACAUAUUAUUUAAAUCCAUGUACCUAAUGAACUGACACUCUUGUGUUAUCGGUACGAAAUACAUGUUAAUAUGAAGCACAGA